UUGGACGCACAGUCUGGUCAUGUGUGCUUUCCGUAGAGAGGGAAACCAAACCAAACAUUAUAGAUGCAUCAUACCGCUAACAUGUGGAUUUCACCUUUUCUAAUGCGUUCUACUUAAUGUCAGCACGGUCAGAUUCUGAAAGUCAAAUUCUGUUGAUUAGCGAAGGAUAUGAGUCAAGGCACUAUGGACAGUAACUGCAUUGCGCUACUCCCCGGAGUAUUGACGUUCUUGUCGGAUCCGAAGCAGUCUUUACCUGAUGACACCUGUCUGGAGAAACUGCUGGACUGGCUUACGAGCAUCAUCAACGAAGAUGAUGACCGGAAUCUUCUGGACCAGCAGCCAUGCCUACUGGAGUUCAUAUCCAGCAUGUGUGAAUCAAAAACUACAGAUCCCAUAAUCCUCUCCUUCACCCUCAAACUCACUGGUCUACUGGCUGCUACUAAGAAGGGCUUCAGCCGUUUGGAAGAGCGUGGCGUUGUGAGGGUGGCGUUUGCGCGUGAGGGAGGGGCUGUGAGGGAGCAGUGGGAAGAGGCGUCGGUGCGCUGCGGCUGGCUGCUGGGCCUGAGGAGAAUGCUGGAGCACCACAGGGCCAUGCUGUUCAUCAGUGAGAACGCCCUCACCAAACUCAUCCUCCAAUCACAGUGCGAAAAGAGUCUGUUUGUCGCCGCCGCAGCCAAUCAGCUCCUCGCUCAAAUCCUAAACUUCCACCACCCACCAAUCACAGCAGAGCAGACAGCCCAAGAGAACGGGCACUCCAGUCCAGAGUGGAUCACGGUCACCACGGAGAUAGUAGGGCAAGUAGGGGGCGCCCUGGUGUCACAGGAGCACUUCCGCGUCCUCCAGGCACUGAGGCUGUUGGCUCUCAGUCUGCCCGGCUGCAGAGCUCCUCUCCUGGGGAGCGUGUGGAGGGUGGCCCUGGGCCCACUGGAGGUGCUGGUGGAAGCGCAGACGAACAACCUCUCCUUGCCAGUCAUGGAGGUGUUACAGGCAGCGGCCACGACCGAGCUGUUCAGCCAAUCAGAGGCCAGAGUGGAGGAGCUGAUGAGGGCUACCCUGAAAGAGAGAGACCCUAAGACGGCCAUCCGGUGCGCCUCAGCCAUCAUACGCCAGCAGCACUGCUCAGAGCCUUUGAAGAGGAUGGCUGUGGGGAUUGUCCUUCAGCCCCUGGAGUUCAUCACUGGCUCUCCUCUACAGACGCUGCCCAGCGGGUCAGGGGAUGCUAAGGAAGUCAGCGGCCUGCAGCCUGUUCUGGAGGACCAGCUGUCCCAGAGGUCCAUGUGCAUCUCUCUGCUGUCGCUGUCCCUAAGCAGCGUAGCUGAGCUGAGUCUCUCAAAUUCCCUGUUUGUGGAUGCCCCUGUGCAGCCAGUCACUGAAGCGGUGUUGCAGCUUCUGAAGGUGUCCCUUGGACAAAGCCCCUCCCCCGCGCCGUACAACAAGUCAUUUGUUCAUCUGAUUGGCUGCAGCCGGGUUCAGAGGUGUGGUUUAGAUGCCCUGAUCAGCCUCAGUUCUUGUGAAGGAGGCCAGGGACUCAGGCAGGAGGUCCUUAAUGUUCUCCUCCAGUACCUCCAGAGCCCAGACUCUGACCCCACAGUGCUACAGAAAACCCUGCAGGCGUUACUGAAGUGGAUCUGUUCUGAAGAGUUGGAAGAGUGUACACAAACACACCUCUUUACUCAGAAUCUCUUCCCAGCACUGAUGAAGCGUGUGUGUGACGUGCAUUGGGAGGUGAGGGACUCGACUUUGGAGUUCAUCACUGAGCUCACUGUAAACUCUAGAGACUCCGCAGCCUUCAGCUCUGCUGUGUGGGGCAGUGGUAUUGUCUCUCUACUCCUGGCCUGUCUGGAUGACUCAGAGAGUUACGUCAGAGCCAGCGCCAUCAGCGCCCUGAGCCAGGCAGUAACCACCCCUCGGCACCAGGGGGCGCCAAACGCAAACUCACCCCACAGCCUGCCGGAUGAAGUUCUGACCCGUCUAACGGACAUCUUGGCUCAAGACGACGAAGCCUUCCCCCGCCGCGCCGUCGUCAAAGCCUUCAUAGCCUGGCUCUCUGGGCCACGCCCCCCUCCCAGCCUCGACCAAUCCCUGCCCGGCCUGCUGGCUCUGGGCAUCGACGACUUAGACUGGGAGGUCAAAGUUCACACUCUGGCGCUAACCGAGACGCUUAUGGACAAGACGCUGAGUCGCUGUUCCCUAGCUGAGGCCUUAGGGAAGCUCCAGGAGUACGGAGCGUUCAGCGUGUUCUUUAAAGGACUGCUCGACUGCGACCGGCCCGUCGCCCAGAAAUCCUGCCAGCUGCUGCUGAGGCUGCGAGAGGUCAUCAAGGUCAAAUGCGAGUCGGCGGGGUCACCCGGGGACACGCCCACGUUUCAGUUACAAAGCCACCAAUGGGGCAAGGACUUGUUGAGGAAGUGGAAGGGCGUCGACGUAUCCGAUUGGUCGGCGGAGGGGAAGCCGGAAGGCCAUUGGCCGAAGGAGGAGGUGAGCCUGAGGGAGGUGGUGAGCCAACUGGACCUGGAGGGGAUGCAGCAGGCGCUGAUGCGGAGCAGCGAUCACGUGAUGGCGUCGCCACAGUCGCUCAUGGAGGACAUCCUGGCCGUGACGCAGCAGGGCGACGACAACGCGAUGGACUGCUACUGAGAACACACACUCGCGCACACACACACAGUCAGACAUUUUCACACACACAUACACACACAUAUACAUACUCCGAAACAUACAUUUGCAUGCGAACACACACACUCAGAAACUGCAGAAGCAAGCAAUCUCUAACAAAACAAAAAAGUAAUGGCACCUUCAAUAAUUACUUACAAAAUCGAAUAGCUUUUGGACUUGGAGGAACUCGGAUUCACACACAUACCCAUAAAAGCAAUUUUCUAAUCUGUCUAAAAAAUGAUUUGUUCCACUAGGAAGGACAGCGUGUUGUAAUUGAAUGCAAGCGCUACAAUAAAGAUAUAUAAUUUUGUAAGGAA